UACGCCGGAAAGAAACAAGUGUGGUGGAAUCGUUCAUUUUAAACGCAAUAUAACGUCGUUGUAACUAUCUGAUUUGGAAUAUGCGAUUCCGCUAACGGGAAGGAUUUCGUGAAGGACGUACACAAGGCGGUGUGCGCUAUGAUUCCGAGCACUGCGCGGAAAGCGGUGAACGGAGCCGGUGACGCCGAGAUGGACGAAGAAAACUCAAAAAAGAACUUCGGCUCCGUGCCGCUCUUGGACAUGCUCGCCGAGGUAGCCUCGGCCACGCUCAAAAGCGACCCGGUGCUGCUGAAAGAUUCCACUCAUAAGGCACGCAAGUCGGCGCUUCAAGCGGAUGCCCUGGUGCUGGACCAAAUCCGCAUUCUCUCGGACCGUAUGCUCCUGGACAUGUUCUCGGAAUUCACAAGCAACGAGAUGCGCCGAACCUUCAGCUACCGCUGCUAUCUCAUGCCCAGCGUCUGCGCGGAAACAUUCUCCAGCUUUGGUAACGAGAACAAGGCCCGCCUCCAAAUGAAAUCUCACCUCCUGGCGCACAUAGCCAAGCUCCUGGCCGAAGCCAAUGCACCUGGUAGGCAAGGCAAGCCACCGUUUACGGCGGAACCUCUCCAGGCCCGAAAACGACGUCUACAAGAAUCCGAGGGAACUGGCCGAAAGCGUAGACGACCGCAGACCAAGCAGCCGUCGGGGGUCAGCAAGAAUGAGCGGCGAGCCAACUGCUCUUCCACCAUGCACGCUCCCACCACUGGAACCGCCAUCAAAAAAAGUCAAGCACGACCGAAGAGUCAAGCCAAGCCAGUCGUGACGAAGACAGAGGGCAAGAACGGGCGGCCCACGCUCAAGGUGGCUGUGAAAUCCUUGACGGCGCCCAGCAAUAAGAUGAAGAUCCCCCCCACGACCAGCAAGCUGCAGAACAACGCGCCGCCCAAAGAGGAGAAGCCACCGAAUACCACCAGCGAAAGCUGGGAAGCACAACUGGUCAAGCGGGACCACUGCUACUGGGGGCCCGGCUGUCCGCUCGCAGUGGACGACUCCGGAGACAGCGACAUGGAAGAGUUGUGUAGCGACUGUGUGGAGCACCGUCCUACCGUCCCUUGCCAGUCGGUCAUUGCCACGCCUGCCUUCCCCUACGUUUAUGUGCCGCUGCUGCCCAACACCUCGUCCGUGGUCGAGGUGACCACCCCUGGAGGUGGCAUCGGCGGCAGCCAAGCGAGGCGACGCACGCCAAGCCCAAUGCUCCAGUCCUCCGAAGACGAGGACGAGGAUGAAGACGAGGACGAAGAUGAGGAAGAGGAAGAGCAGAGGAGUAAGCAGCAACAGCAGCAACCCGCGGCCAAGGGCAGGGCACGCCUGCCGGGCCGGAGGGGCACUGCUGCACAGGCCGCCGAAACCACCUUUGAAAGGAAACUUGCACUAAAGCACAUCAAGGCGUUACGGAACAAGCGACGUGACGAGCGAGGCCCCCUGGUGUGCAAGAUCUGCAAGACCAAGGUGUUCACGGCCCAGGCCACCCUCAUGUACCACUAUCGCAGCCAUGCAGGCAUCAAGCCGUUCAACUGCAAGAUCUGCGAGGCAACCUUCACGCGACAGCACAGCCUCAACUACCACAUGCUGAUCCACAACAACAAGAGCCGCUUUGCAUGCGAGGACUGCGGCCGCCACUUUCGGCACCCGAGUCACUUCAAGGAGCACCUGCGCCGGCACACGGGCGAGACUCCCUACCAGUGCACCGACUGCAACCAGAGGUUCAAGACACGUAACACGUACAAGAGGCAUUUGAAGACCCGGCACGGGAAGAUCCUGACGGCACAGGGGAUCCUCUCUCUCGGGGAGUCUCGGCCCACGAGCCCGGCACCAACGUGAAACGGGCAGCCGCUCCUUUGUACAGACAAUCUUCCACCCCUCGUGCCACCAAAACCCACUCAACCUGCUUCCCUUGCAUCCACACUUUUGUACAGCCGCUCCUUUGUAAAAUAAAAAGAAACACUGAUAUGUCUAUACAAACACUG